AUGCCCGAGUUUGGUGUUGAUUCUAUCCUCUGUGAUAACCAGGCGUAUGGUCUGCGUGUUGUCACAGUACAGCUUCAGGGAUUCCUCUGGGUCCAGGGCGAUGCUAAUAAGCAAGCGUUCCAGGUCCGGGGCAAUGCUGAUGAGCAGGCGUUUGAGAGCAACAGCUUCCGAGGCUGUUCUACCUUCAGGCGAGCUCAGUCUCACAACCUAAGCGAGACUGAGGGCACGCUAGUGAUCGAGGACUUCCUGACCGCUCUUCAGAAGCGCAUUGCACCGGACUGGGCGCAGAGCGAGCUAGCCAAGCUGGUCCGGGACGACGCUCUCGGCAACAAGACUCUCACCUUCGAGCAGUACGGCACUUGGUUCGCUGCUCUGAUGCACGAAAACGGCCUUGGCGCGACUUCAAAGGACUCUGGGGUGUUCACCACGAUGUUUCCGAAGCCCGAGAAGCAGCCGGCCGGAGCUCGCAAGGCCAGAGGUGGAAACCUCUGCCCCUGCAAGAAGGGGGGUGAGAAGCACCACCGGGAGCCUAGGUUCUGCUUUCGCCUGCGCGAAGCGAUCACGGGCAAGCGCAUAUCAACUCAUUGA